CACCAGCGUUCCGCGGCCAAGAGGCAAGAGGUGCAGCAGAAGUGACAUGUAAACAGAGGAGUCGUCAAUUUGGUAUUAAAAUUUGAUCGUAGCAAGUCACGAACAGCCGACAGACACUCGAUUCGAGCCCUUGGAGGCACGUGACCAUUUUCAUGAGACUUCAUUGAGCACAUAUCCGGAGAGCCUAACGGUGGUGCCUGCGAGGGGGAUGUUUUGACAUCAGCCGUAUACAGCAGCACCACUCGCGCUCUUCUCUCAUAUCAUCUACACGGAGAUAAUUUGGCCGCUUUUGCCGCAAUAGCGCUUGCCCGCCGACAACAAUUUCGUCUUCCUCGUCUCGCCGCUUGAGCCUGUGAAACAUUUUACAACCUGGAUAACACACAGAUAGUCGUAGAACCUGAAGUGGACCUUAAGAUCAUCAUGGAGCAGGUGCCGGACGGAGGCAGCAGCAAAAACGACGUGCGUGCCGAAACAGGUGCCAUUGUGUCCCAGCAGGCCCGGCCCAGUGUCAGCGCCGGUGCCGAGCCAGAGGGGAUGGGUGUAAUAGAAGUGAUAGCCACCCUGGCCUCCAUCAUCCUACUCGUCUUCACCCUGCCCUUUUCGCUAUGCUUCGCAUUCAAAGUGGUGCAAGAGUACGAAAGAGCAGUCAUCUUCCGGCUGGGUCGCCUGCGCACGGGCGGCGCCCGCGGACCCGGUAUCUUCUUCGUGCUGCCCUGCGUGGACACUUACUGCAAGGUGGACCUGCGAACCGUGUCGUUUGACGUCGCCCCGCAAGAAGUACUGACCAAGGACAGCGUGACCGUGACCGUCGACGCCGUCAUCUACUACCGCGUGCAGGAGCCGCUGAACGCCGUCGUCAAGGUCAACAACUACAGCCACUCGACCCGCCUGUUGGCCGCCACCACCCUGCGCAACGUGCUCGGCACCCGCAACCUCUCUGAGAUACUGUCCGACCGAGAGGCCAUCGCGCACAUGAUGCAGACCGCCCUCGAUGACGCCACCGACCCUUGGGGCGUCAAAGUUGAGCGAGUUGAGAUAAAGGACGUGCGUCUGCCAGUUCAGCUGCAGCGUGCCAUGGCCGCCGAAGCCGAGGCCGCCCGAGAGGCCAGGGCCAAGGUGAUCGCCGCUGAGGGAGAAAUGAAGGCCUCGCGAGCCCUGAAGGAGGCCUCGGACGUGAUGGCCGAGAGCCCAGCCGCCCUGCAGCUGCGUUACCUGCAGACCCUCAAUUCGAUAUCAGCAGAGAAGAACUCGACAAUCAUCUUCCCGCUGCCGCUCGACAUUCUUACUCCCUUUCUCAAACCGCACGGUACGGGCAUGUCAAUGGGCCACUCAGCGCCCCUUUCGCCACAAUAGGGAUGGUCUAGCGCAAUCACCUCCUUGAAUGAACGGUUGGUCCAUGAACUGAUUUGAGGGCGGCCUGAUGCUCAUGAUUUGAUUGUAAGAGCAAGUUUUUCAUUGAACGUUUCUUGCGAGUUCACCGUUUGAAAAUAUGAUGAUUGUGAGUGAAAUUCUAUUCCUUCCACGUGCAAUUCUGUUCUAUUGAAUUUAUUCAGUCACGAAAUAUGUAUUUCUUAUUCUCUGUGUUCAAUGCUAAACUUGCCGGUUUGGUUGGCAAAGCACAAAAAAUGUUGGUGUAACGGAAUAACCAUUGAUUGAAGGAGUUGGUUGCACUUUGAACCAAUUUCCCCGCCACCAUUCACUACACAAAAACGAUCCGUUUCAGCCACCCACCCCCUCGCCCAAGCAGGCGACAUUUCUUCUAACCAAGACACGAAAAACAAUUCAUGAAAAUAUGACAAAUGCAACGCACGUCUAAUCGAAUUUCAAAUGUCAUGAGAUUUCAACAGCUUUAACAAUUUGAAAAUUGAGACCAGAUAAAGAAAAUUCGCUUGGUACCAAAGUGGUCGAAUGCUUUUGUAAUAAUUGUUGUUUUGAUAAAAGUAAAAUGAGAUAUACUGCAUUUUGCGUGAAUCGUGAAAAAAUGUACCAGCAGAUUUAAUGGGACAGAAGAAAUUAGAAGAAUUAAUAGACGAAAGUAAAGAAGAAAGCAGAAAUUGUUGAGAUUAGAUUUUAGAAGUGAUUUUAGAUCAAGAAUCUAUUCAAUGGGAAAGGGCAUUGUAUUGUUGAUAAAAGAAAAUUGUACGUCCAGACUUUUGUUCGCAAGUAAAUGUGUAGGAAAACAAGAAAACAAACAAGAUUACUUUCAAAAAAGAAGCGCUGUUUAGAUGAUUGAGGUGCUGCCGAUUUUUAUUUGUAACAAACUGCCAAUUUUGUUCCUUAUUUUCAGUAGAGUAGAAUAAAAAUCGCACUUGUAGCAAUUUUUCAAAAAAAUGAGAAGAUAAUUGUGCUAAAAAAUUCAUCCCACUUCACUGAAACAAAAGAAAAACAGGGUUUGUUGUCCAAAACAAUUUUUUCCCUUGAGAGCAAGUGUGAUUUCAACUAUGAUUUGACUUCAUUUUCACGCUACAGUGCUGCUGAUUAAUUUGUUGUCUAGAAACAAAUGAAUACUAGGAAAAUUUAUUUUUCCCAUGGAUUCCUUCUGGAAAACAUUGCAUUUCACUGGUUAUAUACACUUGUCUGCGAAAGUAGCUGUUAGCAGUGGUUGGUUGAUCACACAAAUUAACGAAACGUUAAAAUUAGCUAAUUCGCCAGUGUUGGAAAUUCAGGAAAAGAAAAUUGUAUUACUCUAGACUAUCAGCAUAUCAGUUGUUUAUCGCCACUAGCUGUAGUUAAACAACAAACAACCAACUGGAACACGAAAAGUUGAGGCCACUUUUAUAAUUAAGACUGACGGUUAUAUCAACGCAAGUUUAAUUUUUCCCGUGCAAUGCAACUCGAUUUUAAUGAAAGAAAUUGAAAAAAAAAACGGAACAACAUUCUAUACAAACAGUUGGCUCUUUGGCUUGGUGUGUAGCCAAUUUACAAUUCUGCGUAUGAAACGAUGGCAUUAAAAUAAAUUGAAAACAAUAACGAGUAAUACACUGUAAUGGUAAUUCUGGUAAUUAAGGGCAUUAUUGAGCUACAAUUUUAGAAUAUCAUCGUUCUGCUAAAAUUUCCUGAUCUUCUUCUUGACAUUACUUCAUAUUGAGAAAAUAAUCAUAACGUUGAUCUUAGGUAUCACGAAUCUGAACUCGCGAUGAUAUGGAAUAAAAACAAGGAAAAUAGUAAAUUAAGGUAAUUGAUGAAAUUAACGGUUGCCAAAUUUUGCUAUUUGACAGAAAAUUGUUGAAAAACACAUCUCUAUCUCCACAUAACGUAGGCGUAAUUUUCUUGAUAUUAAACAACAUUCACCAAUGUAAGGGUGGCUAUUUUGCAUUUUAUUAUUAUCAGGCUAAUAUCCUCUCAUCUUUCUGCCAGCUUCUUUCUAUGCAUGACAAAAUCAGACAAAUAAACGGAUUGUAAAAUACAUUCAAAAUAAUAUCUUUAAAUACAGACUAUUAUAUUGUUAAAUCCUAUAUUACUAUGUAAAUUUUAUGUUAUAAGCAGAAAUGUACGGAGCUAAUUUUUACCAUUAUGUUUAUCCAAUUGAACAGUUCUAUUAACAGAGAAAGUGGUGGAUUUAAUAAAUAAAUAAAGUGUAAAAAUCAUGUUGACCAUGAAAGGUGUUAUCAAACGAUUCAUGAUAAUCCAGACAUCUGAAUUUUAACUGGUAAAAAGCUCUAUACUUAUAUACAAACUCCCACAAUACAUGCACAUGUUUGUUUCAAACUUUCAUGUUUUUUGUACUUCAUCAUGAUUCAAAGGCAUUAAUAAAGUGAAUUGUUAUAAUACAUCA